GAGCCGAGCGCAGGUGGCGGGAAGAGUAGGAGAACCGCGGGACCCACCCGGGAUGCUGAAGGACCGACAAGAACUGGACUCGUUUUAUUAAGGGAGCGUCUCAUUCCCUUUUUGCGCACCUUUCCUUUCCCGCUUUGCACAAAAAGUUUGUUUAAAAAAAAGAUGCUCCCCGCCGCUGCUCCCGUCCUGCUGCUGCUGCACUUCUGUGGAUUUAUCUCCUGAGAGACCGCUGCCGCUCUGACGCGUCUCGUCUCGUCCCGUCCCGGUACCGUUUCACAGAGGGGCUCCUUUUGGUGGAUGAAUGCCGCACUCCGUCAUGGACUUCCUCGGACUCUACUUCCUGCAGAUCGCCCUUCUCGGACUUCCACGCGUGGCCCUCUCCGACGGCAGCUGGGACUGUCUGCGUGCCGGCGACGCCUGCUCCGGCGAUGACACCUGCAGCCCGCGACUGCGCACCCUCAGGCAGUGCGUAGCAGGCGAUGGCAGCGUCAAGCUGGGUCCCGGAGCAAGGAACCAGUGCGAGAACGCCAUGACGGCGCUGCUGUCCACUCCGCUGCACGGCUGCCAGUGCAAGCGAGGCAUGAAGAAGGAGAAGAACUGCCUGAGCAUCUACUGGAGUCUGCAGCAGUCUGUCCUGCACGGUCUCCACCUGGUGGAAGACUUCCCCUACGAGCCAGAGGAGAGGGGCUCCGACUACGUCCGCCUGGCGUCCAUCGCUGCGGAGUCUGAAGUGACCACCGUCAACCGUUGCCUGGACGCUGCCAAGGCGUGCAACAUAGAUGAGACGUGUCAGAAGCUCCGCACCGAGUACGUGUCGUCCUGCAUCCAGCCCUCGGCCCGCUCCGGACCCUGCAACCGGCCAAAGUGCAACAAGGCGCUCAGGAAGUUCUUUGACCGCGUGCCGCCGGACUACACUCACGAGCUGCUCUUCUGCCCGUGCACUGACACAGCGUGUGCCGAGCGCCGCCGCCAGACCAUCGUGCCGACGUGCUCGUACGAGGACAAGGACAAGCCCAACUGUCUCGCCCAGCUGAGGGUCUGCAAGGCCGACUACGUGUGCAGGUCUCGCUGGGCCCAGUUCCAAUACGACUGCCAUCCCUGGGAGCAGAGCCCCAGCGGCUGCAAGCAGGAGAACCAUGGAGCGUGUCUGCUGGCCUACACCGGCCUCAUCGGAAGCACCAUCACCCCCAACUACCUGGACAAUUCCACCUCCAACGUGGGACCCUGGUGCUCCUGCAGCGCCAGCGCUCACCAGCGGGAGCAGUGUGGAGACUUCCUGGCGUUCUUCCACGACAACGUCUGCCUGAAGAACGCCAUCUUGGCCUUUGGCAAUGGCUCGGAUGUGAAAAGCGGUGGCGCUCAGCCCGGAAUUCCCAGCCCGGCCGUGCACUCUCACUGGGCCACCAGCGCCGCCCCGGGCGUUUCCAUGGAAACAGAGCAGAACAUCCUGAAAGCACAGAUACCCACCCAAGUCAAUGACAACGACAGAUUGUGGGGCGACGAGGGCGACGCCACCCUCCCUUCCCCCAACCUCUCGGACCGCUCGUGUGGACGCCGCUGCUCCUCCUCGCCGCUCCUGCUGGGACUCAGCUGGCUGAUGAUGACGACGAUGAUGAAGCUUCUCAGUUGCCACUAGGGGGCGUCGCUCUCGCCGGCCGUCGCCAUUGGCAACACCGCCGACCUGGGAGGGGAUAGGACCUGAAAGUGGGCGGGACCAAGGUUCCUCUCCCUCUCCCAAAAAGAGCAACCACUUUUUGUCUUUUUUGUGAAUCAUGACUCGGCACUUUUCCGUGCGGCCACCAGACGGACGAUCAGGAAGUGCGCCGUCCAUUUCCUCCUUUAAAAGUGUCAUGUGAUGCACAGAGUGGAUAUAAAUAACUUGAAAGAAUAUAAAGAGAACUUAAUUAUUUUGCUGUCAGAAGAUCAUUUCCGUGAGUUCUCAUUGUGACCACAAGGGGGCAGGACUGAGGCCGCCUGUGUCGACGUGUACUCGUUGGCGUGGAAGCCUUUUGAUGGACAAACAAGCUGAGCGUUGUGUUCAUGUGGAUGCUAAAAUACCUUUUUGUGUUCUUCAUGUGUUCACAUCUCCUCCGGUCCACGCCAAAAGCACAACUUGCUUGCACAAAUGACGAGACGACGCGUGACCCGGAUCCGUUUCCCGAUUGCUGGCCUCGCCAAGAAGACAAAGCUCACACUCGGGUGUCUCAAACGACGACACGUGUUCCUUUUCCACUAAUUGUGUGUUUUUGUUCGGCAAACAUUCAAGCUUGGAGUUGAAAAGAAGAUGACAUUUCUGAUGUGGUGGUGAGGUUGUCAUGACAAGCAACCAAGCAACAUUUAAUGACCGAGGAUGAAAUAUUCGUAUUUUUCAAAAAAGACAUCAUCUUCAAUGUUCUUCUACAAAUGGUAUUUAUUAUUGUGUUGUUUGACACGGUCACUCAAUAAAGUUCAGACGUACACUGA